AGCGGAAUAGUACGGAGAUCUUUGGAGGAUAUGGGUGCAAAAAAACCGUAAAACCACAUGGAGGAGAUAAAAAAAAAUAAAAAAAAUACUUUUAACUUCCUCUGCAUGCCAUUGGUUCCGCCGCGUACGUCGGGGCAAUAUAUUAGACGUACCAUAACAGGAAGCAUUGACAAGUGUGGCUGCUAGAAAUGUAUAGUUUGUCUGCUGUAACAUACUGUGGGUGACGCUCUCUGAGGAACGAAAGAGAUCAUGUCAGUCUGACCUCAGAGAAACACCAUGCUCGCAGCGAAGCUGACCAGCCGGUUGACUCUGAACGUCCUGAGGAGGAUUCACCGUGGGACUCAUUACUCCUGUGUUUACUCCCUGUCAAACUGCCUCCUUCACACAACAAAAGGUCCCCACUCAGACUCCAGUGUGUCCAGAGUGUUUUACGGUCACGGUGCAAUCCGCCCGUCGCUCAGACUGCAUGAAACACAGCACUAUGGGAGAAGAUCGUUCAGUUUGUCGGCUGCUACAAUUGUGAAUUCAGCACCAGCGGCUGUCCAGCCAUACCUCCGACUGAUGAGGCUGGACAAACCUAUUGGGACAUGGCUGCUGUACAUCCCGUGCACAUGGAGUAUUGCUCUGGCCUCUGAUCCUGGAAAUCUCCCUCACCUGGGCAUGCUCACACUCUUUGGUACAGGGGCUCUACUGAUGAGAGGAGCUGGCUGCACCAUCAAUGACAUGUGGGAUAGAGACUUUGACAAAAAGGUGUCCAGGACAGCCACUCGACCGAUUGCAGCAGGAGAGAUCUCUCGGAUGCAGGCACUAGUCUUUCUAGGCGGGCAGCUCUCUCUGGCACUUGGGGUUCUCUUAUGUCUCAACUAUUACAGCAUAGCCUUGGGUGCUGCUUCAUUAUCUCUUGUUGUAACCUACCCACUGAUGAAGAGAAUCACUUACUGGCCACAGUUUGUUUUGGGCCUCACUUUCAACUGGGGAGCUCUGCUCGGCUGGGCCGCUGUCAAGGGCUCCUGUGACUGGUCUGUGUGCCUCCCACUGUAUUUCUCAGGCGUGAUGUGGACGUUGAUAUAUGACACAAUAUAUGCACAUCAGGAUAAGGAGGACGACGUCAAGGUAGGAGUCAAAUCGACUGCAUUGAGGUUCCAGGAGCAGACCAAAACUUGGCUGAGUGGCUUCACUGUGGCCAUGAUGUCAGGACUUAUUGCAGUUGGGAUCAACGCUGAACAGACUCUCCCUUACUAUGCUGUACUGUCCACAGUGGCCAUUCACCUAACGCAUCAGAUUUACACAUUGGACAUUAACAAUCCAGAUGACUGCUGGAAGAAAUUUGCCUCAAACAGAAACCUUGGGUUGUUGUUAUUUUUAGGCAUCGUUGCUGGCAAUUUGUGGAAAGAAAGACAAGAGACUUUGCUGCAAAAUGAGGAAGAAGUGAGAUAAUCAGUAUAAAUAUUACAUUUUAAGUACAUCACAUACUACAAACUUCCACAGUAUCUUCUCGGAUUUUCAUUCAAAACAAAUCUACAAAAGAUGUAAUUAGAAGCUGUGAGAUUUUGACCCACACAAUAAAGUUAUUUUAUACAUUU